ACCUUGGACACUGAACUACUUUUAAUUUACUCUCCAACUCGAGGAGGAAAAGAAGUUUGUGUCUUCGUGUCAAAAUGGCCGUCCACGAAACUUUGCGGCUUCAUUCGACCACGGAGAAAUUCUUCUUGGAACCUCUGGAUGCCAUUGACCAGGAAUUGGUUGUAAUUGACCGAGUAUCACAAGAUAUUUCCUUAGAAGCCAAUCGGGGUCAGAUACCACCAAAUGCUGUGACAAAAACGAUCUACGGAGUCUAUGGAAUCAUAAGGCUCCUUGAAGGUCCUUACCUGAUUGUGAUCACAAAAAGAAGUAAAGUUGGCGAGGUCGCUGGCGACACAAUAUGGAAAAUCCUGGACACCGAGUUGAUCUCAUACAAAAAGACGACCCUGCAUCUCAACGAACAGCAGAUCCAGGACAACAAGACAUAUCUGUCGAUGAUUGACCUACAGCUCAAGACGGACGGACACUACUAUUCGACAUCAUAUGACAUCACACACACAUUACAACGACUCCAUAAUACUAGCCCAGAGUUCGUUCAGAUGCCGCUGCAUGAGAGGGCUGAUCAGAGGUUUAUAUGGAAUGCCCACAUGCUACGUGAGCUUGCUCAACAGCCUGAACUGGCCAGGUAUUGCCUGCCUGUCCUACAUGGAUUCGUUGCAAUCAAAUCUUGCAUCAUCAAUGGUCAGGCAAUGGACUACAUUCUGAUCACACGGCGAUGCUGUUUCCGGGCGGGCACCCGCUACUACAUGAGAGGGUUGGACGCCGAGGGGUACGCGGCCAAUUUUGUCGAGACGGAACAGAUUAUAUCUGUUGAAGGGAAUAGGUGCUCGUUUGUACAGACCCGCGGCUCCAUACCGAUGCUUUGGUCGCAAAGACCUAAUCUUAAAUACAAACCUACUCCUGUGAUAAGUAAUACCCAAAGCCAUAUUGAGGCUUUUAAUAAUCAUUUUGAUAGUCAAAUCUACAACUAUGGGAAACAAGUCCUAGUGAAUCUUGUCAACCACACAGGGUCUGAGAACCUGUUGGAGAAAGCUUUUGCUCAGAUAGUCACAAAUGCCCAGAACAAGAAUAUCAGGUACGAAUCGUUCGAUUUCCACCACGAGUGUAGUAAGAUGAGAUGGGAUCGCUUAUCAAUACUAGUUGAUAGAUUAGCAGAAGAUCAGAAAAGAUUUGGUUUCUUCAUGAUGAAGAAAGAUGGGCAUGUGGUAUGUCAGCAGGAGGGAUUGUUCCGUUCAAACUGCAUGGACUGUCUGGAUAGAACCAAUGUUGUGCAGAGUCUUCUGGCACGUGUGAGUUUGCAGAGUCAGUUAGAGCGAUUAGGAGUACUGCAAGCUGGUCAGAAAGUAGAAAAUGAGACUCACUUUGAAUUCGCCUUCAAAAAUAUAUGGGCAGACAAUGCUGAUGCCGUAUCCGUGCAGUAUGCAGGCACUGGAGCGCUGAAGACAGACUUCACAAGACUCGGGAAGCGUACGAAGUUUGGACUUCUCCAAGACGGGUGGAAUUCAGCGCUAAGAUAUUUCAAGAAUAAUUUCAGUGAUGGGUUCAGACAGGAUUCCAUAGAUCUCUUCUUAGGUAAUUACAUCGUGGAGGAAAGCGAAGGUAUAACGAAACAGUCUCCUUUUAAAGUUGACAAAGAUUGGAAAUUCUAUGCUCUACCAACCAUCUUUGUUGUUGCAUUUGCCAUGCUGCUGAUAUGCAUCCUCAUUCCGGAUGAGCACCUGAGUGAGCAGUUCAUGUACAUGCUUUUCUGGGGGACAGGAAGCUUCGUGUCGCUUGCUGCCAUCUAUAUGUACGGGACGGAAUUUGUCAAUCGGCCGAAACUGUCACAGGUCAAGGUCAAAGAAGAUUAGCUAGAAUCCAGGGGACCAGGCGGGCCAUUCCUAGUUUAAAAUGUUUUUAUAAAAUUGAUUCUUUUUUUGCUAAUAACCCUUUCUUUGCCGACAUUUUGACUUGUUUAAACAAAGCAGUGGACUUUGAUAGCACUCCGCAUUCGUGACCUAACAGUUUUUGGUUAUUUAGAUCUCCAACAAAAUUGUGCGUUGUGUGACAGAGGCUUGACGUAAAUUUUUUCUGAGUUUUAAUAUUGAUAUUUGUGACGAAAAGUUGUUUCUCAACCAUUCCAAAACAAUACAAGGACCUGAGUGUCUCCAUUUUCAGCUUUAAAUAAAACAGAGAAUAAGAAAUCAAAAUGAACUAGUCUGCAGUAAAAGCGUAAUUUAUUUGCUUUUUAGGCCUACUUAUAUUUUGUUUAAAAUAGUACUUUAAGAAAAUACACUUAUCUAUGUCAAGGUUAUAGGAAAUUAUUGUAUGCUUUGAAUUCAUAGGAAAAACUGAUAUGAUAUGAUAGUAUGAUAUUGUAAAGACUACUACAAUAGUGCACAUUAAAUUAUUCAUUACUUUGAGGCCCUUUUCAAACAUAUAACACGCAAUUCACAAUAUGUUGUUUCUCUGUCUCUUUGGGAAAUACAUCUAUAUUUCUGGUAAGACACUUCAUGACAGAAUAGUUUUUAGCAUGCUUUUGUUUUUAAAUACGUUCCCAAUCAAAUUGACUUUGUAUCUUUGAAGAAAAAGGUAUAUACCGAAUUUGAGGCGUAUCCACUUGUGCUGUAGGUCACCUCUUGUCCUCGUGUUAAGAUUUUCUUUUCCAUUUUACUGGGAUGUCCCGCUUUUGUGCGCAUUUUUUUCUGCAUUGUGAUACUUUCUCGUAUUUGUUAACCAGUUUGCAGGAGGUACAUUACGUACAACAGUCUUUAGAGAAGUUGAUUUGCAACUCUAACUCUUGUUUAAUUAAAGGUGACUUCACAAUAUGGUUAGUUUACUACUGGUGACUUCACCAUUUAGUCUAUUUUACUGGUGACAUCACCCUUUGGUCAUUGUUCUAUCAGGUAAAUCACUAUUUCAUCAAUUUAGUUUAUGGUAAAUGGUCUUUCUUUUGGUAGAAAGAAUCAAGGUUUCAAGUAUCAGUCACAAUGCAGAAAAUAUUGUGUUCCUUUAUUGUUGACCUUCACCUUUCAGGCACUGAUUUGUCAAAAGGUCGGAUGUCGGCGAUAUGACCUUGCCACGGAGGUCAUUGUCUCCUGGAUUAUAGCAAAAUCUGUGGCGUAGACUUCUUGUCUCAGCUGGUGCAUAAUUUGUCAAUGUGAUAUUUUUUAAACGAAAUUUUGUAAAAAAAUUUACCUUUAAAGGGUGAAAAAUGUUGAGACACACAGCAUGAAAAAUGCCGUUUACACCAUGUGUAAAUCCAAUUUUACCCAAGGAGUAAAGUUGAGUUCACCCAUGGGAUGUGUCUCAUGUUAAGACACAUUAUGACCGAGCGCAUUAAUCAAUAAAACAUCAUGUUCAACUAGGCCAUAGCAACUCCUUUAAAGGUAAAUGAUUCUGUAAAAAUUAGCAACAUAGAACUAAUCUUUAAGCCGUGAAAUUUUCCCCAGGCAAAAAGUUGGCAAGUUUUGUAAUUUUUUGUGAAAAUUUCAGGCUUUAAUGUAGGCUAGGUAGGCCUAUCUCAUUCUGUUGUCAAUAACUGUGGCCAGGUCAGUAGGUUUUACAUGUAGUUAGGUGUACUGUACUACGAAGUCAUCUGUGCAAUUAUAAGUUUUGCUCAAUAGAUGUCUGGCAUGAUAUUAUCAGUGUGCACGAUUUAGGCAGUCUCGCAUAGAGAGCCAUAUAUUCGAUUUGGAGUUGGACUUUCUAGGUUUUGUUUGUUCAAGAUUUACAAGAAUAUGUUGUUUGUCUCCCUAUACCCUACACUAAUGACUGAUAAACAUUAACUUGACCAAAACAUGGUCUUAUUUCUCAACUGGUUUAUCCAUUCAUGCAUGAUCAUCACUAUAGCGAUGAUCCAAAUUCAACAUUUUAACUUGCUGAACUUUAUGUUGCAGUGUAAAUCAAUCAUAAAUUGCUCUAUUUAAUGUAAUUGAUAUUGUAAUGAUAAAUAGCCCAUUUGCAGUGAUGAAUCAAUAAAUAAGUUAUUCUCA